CAUUCUCAUGGAGAAAGAUGGCGGAGAGGAGCUGUGGAGGCUGCAUCGGCUGAGCUGCUGGCAGUUCAAACAACAAAACACGGGCUCACAGUCACCGUGGAAGGGGGCCGGAGGGAAGGGAGGGCACUGCCGUGUGAGCAGGGCGAGGUUAAUCUCUGACCCGGCCGAAAAGUUCAUUUAUAUUCUUUCAUCGAAACGAAAAAGAGCCGAGCGGAGAAAGCCACAAAAACAAGUCGGACAUGAACGGGGAUAUUGUUUGCAACAGCCAUUCAGUCACUGUCCGAAGCAGCACCAAGUCCAUAUCUGCAGUCCACGAUGAGAUCAAGCUGACCCAGGAGGGAAGAUGCUCUCCAGUCUGCUUCCCGCAGAAUGAUGCUCGGAGGCUGGGAGAGGGCAGGAGAACCAACUCGAUCAGCGCCACACCCAAAGACUCAAAGACGGAUUUCCCAGAGAUGGAGAGCAGCAACAGCCAGUGUUCACCCUGCUGGCCAGAUGAACAUCCUCCGCAGCUCCACUGCGCUCAGACCUGCCUUCGCUCCCCCUCUGAACUCCCCCUGCCUCUGGGUAACAGCCUGUCUCACGCGCCCCUCCACUCCAACAACAACAACAGCAGCACCCUCCACAGCUACCAGAGGAGAGCCGCCCUCCUCAAAGGGAGGACGUCCGCCAAAAGAAUUGCAAGUGGGAAAAACUCCCAAAACCGAAAAGUUACCGAUUACUAUCCAAUAAGACGAAGCUCAAGGAAAAGUAAAACAGAGCUACAGUGUGAAGAAAAGAGACACAUCGAUGAUCUCAUCACAAAGGGAAUAGAAGAAGGAAUGGAGGUGCAGCAUAUUGAAGGAAAGGGGAGGGGGGUGUUUGCCACUCGGUGUUUCCAGAAAAGUGAGUAUGUGGUGGAGUACCACGGAGACCUGCUGCAGAUCACCGACGCCAAACAGAGGGAGGCGGAGUACGCCCUGAACCCCGCCACCGGCUGCUACAUGUACUACUUCCAGCACCUCUGCAAAACAUACUGUGUGGAUGCCACAAAAGAGUCUGGUCGAAUGGGUAGGUUGAUAAAUCACAGUAAAAUCGGAAACUGCCAAACCAAACUCCACGAAAUCAACGGGGCCCCUCACCUGAUCUUCGUUGCCUCUCGAAACGUCGACGAGGGCGAGGAGCUGCUCUAUGACUAUGGAGACCGGAGCAAAGCCUCCAUCGCAGCCCACCCCUGGCUCAAAUACUGAUCCUCUAAAGAAAGGAAAGGGAAACACACAGUAACACUUGUGUUUCUCAAUAGCUAGUGUACAAAAUGCCUUAGAAACAGAAUGUGUACCCUUUUUGUUCAAUAAUGAGGAAGUGGGGGGGGGGCGGGUUAGUGUUCAGGGGUACUUAUCACAUUUCGAUUAAUGUCUUUCUGCCUUGUCAGAGGACACCUGUACUUUUAUUUAUGUGUAUGAAACGUUCUUGUUGUUUUGCAGCAUAUUUGUUUUGUACAUUUUGUAUUACCUAUAGACCAAUGCUUCUACAGCAUGUAGGUGGUAGUUAAUGCUCUGCAAUUUUAUACUGCGUUUUUCUUAAUCAGUAGUUAGAUACUUAGCAAUACUUACGAGGCCCCAGAGCCCUGUUUUGGAUCAGCGAGAAGACGAGAUGCAAAAUAUGUUGGUGUUCUAGUGGAAUUAGAUUUCAGCCAUCCAAACUCACACAAUCUACCGCUAAGCGUAACAGUUUACCAAACUCAUGGUUCAGUUGGUAUUUUUGGUCUUGAUGACAAAUCAACAUUUGACGCUCGAGUAUUUUACUUUUUUGAAGUGUAUAAUAACCUGAUGUUGAACAUGGAGGCUUUAAAGAUUACAUAGGAAUACUAAUGAAUAAUCUUUUAACCUAUAUUGUAUUUUAUAAUAUUUAAGAUUCACAAUAAACAUCAUCAAAGGCCUACACUAUAUUUGGUUAAAAUAAACAUGUAUAUAAUAUCUACUAAUAUAAAUGAAAUUUAAUAAAUGACUUAACACAGGAAUUUAGAUUUGACAUUUCUACAUAAACUUUCAAAUGUAUCAUUAUCGUAACAUGUAAAUAUAGUUAUUGGCUAGUUUCAAAUCAAAGGGUGGUUUAAAGGAUAGUUUUUACUUUUUUUGCUAAGAGGUCAUGUUUGAUAUCAAAGCUAGUCUGGGUUGCUAACACCCCAAAUCGUCUUAAAGUAGCAUAAUUUUGAAUUCCCAUAUUCAAAGGAGGGGGAAAGGACCAAAACAAAGUCUCAAAAUAGCUAAAAUGAUCAAUAGCUGACCUAAACGGUUCACGUUAAAAUAAAAUAAAGGUUCAUCGUGAUUGAAACUGCUCAGGCUGUUGGUUAGCUGCUUUCCCCCGUUUCCAGUCUCUAUGCUAAGCUAAACUAAGCUAACCAUCUCCUAGCUGUAGAUUCCUAUUUAACCAACACGGACAUGCCAGAAAACUUUAUGCAAACAUUUUUGCUGCAAAGUUUUGCAUUUUUAGGUAUAUUAAAUGCAAACACACACCAGCCUCUCCAACAUGUCCUGUGCUGCCAUGUUUUUGGUGAACUGUUACACUAUUUCGGUAAAUCGUAGACUUUUGCAGGUUUUCUACACAACCGUUCUUCCCUCUAACAAAAAUAUUGUUCAUAUUGUUUAAUGUGAAAGUAUUUAACAGCUGAACCGCCAACAGGUCAUUUUUUUAUUUUAUAUUUUUGCGUUUCCAUUUAAUUGUAGCCAGAAGGUAAAAUAUACCCCAAAGUGCUCCUAUUUAGCUUUUAUUUAUCCUCAUCUAGAAAAUCUAAAUAUUAUUAGCAUUUUAGCUAAUUGGUAGUAGGUAUAAUCAGUAUUAAUUAAAGGAAAAUACCACAGUAAAAUGGCCACAUCAGCAGUUCUAAAUCAGUUUAUAUUAUGUGUAUCUUAACUAUGUACACACAACAUGCAUCAUCACUUUCUCUAGCAUUAUGGAAUUAUAAUGUAUUUAAUACCUUUUUCUUAUUAUAGGUUUGUACUAUUGCUAGAAAAUUAUAAAUCAUUUUUAAUUAUCAGUUUAGUAUAUUGAUUUUGGGGCUCUGUGUUAAAGGAAUAUUUGGACUUAUCUUUAAUUACUCCUACUUGCUUAUCCUCUUCUCAUCUUGCUCCUGGACAGAAAUUGAUUUUGCAUAUUUACCAAAAAUGUUAAUUUCUGUACGAUCUCAGAAUUUAAUAUUUUAGCAAAACAAUGCUAAAAGUUAGGCUGUUGUACCAAAUCUUAUCCAUCAUUUCUCGAUGCAUCUCUGUGGCUGUUGAGGUUGUACAGAUAUAAACAAGUGUUCAAAAAUCAUGAAAAUACUUCUUUAAGUAUCCAAAAUAUUCAGUAUAUUAUUGAAAUUGCAGGAUUAUUUUACAUACCAUAUAAAAGCAUCGUCAGUGUUAAUACAAACACCAAUCUUAAGGUACGUUUCAGGUAACACACAUUUGGACCUUCCUUCUCCACACUAACGGUAGCAUUGUGUAUAACAGGUGUGAAAUGAUUACAUGUGAGCCUUUUCUUAAACAUGUUACAUUUUGGAUUUCUAAAAUACAUUUGAUGGUUAAUUAUAGAAUUUAUGGAAUAAUACCAGAUGGAGCAAAACUGACCUGUUGGCAAUUUUUAGGAUUGAAUAGAUCUUUGCUGUUGUAGCGUUAAAUAAAUCUUAAUGCUGGGGUUUAGGCAUCGAUGAAUAAAGAUGUAUUAUGCAAGUUA